GUCGGGAUUGAUGGGGAUGUUUCCAUCAUGGCGGCGUCCAUUUCAGGUUACACUUUUAGUUCUGUGUGUUAUCACAGCGCCAACAGCAACUCGGAUCACGAGGGCUUCCUGUUAGGAGACGUUAGGCAAGAAGAGACGGUCAGCAUCAGCGACACGCAGAUCAGUACUGCAGAACUGGUCCAAGUAGUAGAAAUCCACAACCAUGAUCCUUGUACACAAUUAUUUAGUUUUUAUGACUACGCCGGUAAAGUCAACGAAGAAAGUCUCAACAGCAUUCUUAAAGAUAGGCGGAAAAGUGUCAUUGGCUGGUACCGGUUCCGGAGGAACACGCAGCAGCAGAUGUCGUUCAGGGAACAGAUCAUCCACAAACAGCUGACUCAGCUGCUUGGCGUGCCCGACCUAGUCUUCCUUCUUUUCAGCUUCAUCUCCACCGCGAACAGCUCCACGCAUGCUCUGGAGUAUGUGCUCUUCAGACCCAACCGCAGUCGGUACAACCAGAGGAUUACGCUCACAAUCCCAAACCUCGGCAACACAAGCCAGCAGGAAUACAAAGUCUCCUCAGUGCCCAACACCUCACUCAACUACGCCAAGGUCAUCAAAGAGUAUGGAGCUGAAUUCUUUGACAAUGAUGGCGUGAUGAAAGAUAUCCGAACAAUAUUCCAAGUCUACAGCGCCCUGCAGGACAAAGUUCAAGCAGUUUGUGGGGAGGUAGAACAAAGCGAACGUGUUAAGGAGAAAAUUCAAGAGGAUGUGAACAAAAUCAAACAACAAAUCGCUCUCAGGAAACGCAAGACAGCAGAAGAGGAGAGAAGGCUGCGUGAAGCUCAAAAUGCAGACUCUCAUUCCACUCCAGAGGAGAACACAGAAUCUUCAGAGACCUCUCUUCUGUCCAGGAUAUCUUUCCAAGCCCCUUCUGCCCCGGAGCGGCCCAAUACCUCACCCAACCCACCAUCCUACACUGACCUUUUGUCCCAAGACGACUCUUUGCUCUCCUCCACUUCCCCCCCUACUAGUGCUGCUCUUUUACCUCGGCCCCAAGCUGUGGGUUCUCCGGGACACCCCACCCCCGCCCCGCUGGGGAUGGGCCUGGGCCUGGGCCACGGGCUGGGCCUGGGCCUCAGCGUCAGCCCCAACCCCGUCCCCGCUCCCAGCACUCCUUACCUUGGCAACGGAGACGGGUCGAGCUCUGACUCGCUGGACAGACAAGCCGCGGGGCAGGAAGACGACGACGAUGACGACGACGACGACGAAGGCGACGAAGACGAGGACAGUAGCGAAUACGAGAACUUAGUGAGCGAAACCGCUCAUCUGCCAAUCGUCUCUGCCAGCGUUUUAGCUCAAGGCCGACCAGCUUCCCUCAGCCCCGACGGGGACGCCCGAGGCUCACAGACCACAUAGAGACAUGCCACAAGACGUGACAGGGACACUGAUGUGCAAAACACCUCGAAAGGUGGGAAUCUGAAGCAAUCAAAGAUAGGCAAAUAUUUAAAAGAAAAAAACAAAAAAGAAGUGCCAGUCCUGAAAGUGAAAGGCAUGUGCAAGUGGUGUCCCGCUAUGUUUCUUUCCGUUUGUCUCGGUUUGCCAGUCUUACUGGGCUUCGCAGGCGCAACAGGUCCAUAGCACUGAGGGGAAGUCGUUUGUUUUCAUGUCUCCUUUGGUAUUUGGCUGAUCUAGACAUGCAAGUGCGAAUCCGUCUGUUUUCAGGAUCAGGGUUUAGUUAUGGCACCGUGAUUUUAUGCCAACUGGUUGGCACCGGCUCCUGAAACAGGCCCACGCUUUCUGUACGUCUUGUAUCUUUAUCUUUUCCUUUUCACAUUCACGUCAUCUCGUAUGAGCACCCUCUUUUUGCAUUACCUUUUGCACUAUUUAAUUUUUCCUUUCUUUUAAACAGUCCAUCAAAGAAGCAAAGGGAAACAAAUAAAAUGCGGCCUUCAGUUGUUGUUUUUUUUUUUCUUUUUUAAGCAGGCAAAUUAGUAACUUUUUAUUUUAAAAUCGAAGAAAGAAAUAUAUGUAAUUACAAAUGUCUUUAAUGUGCACGUUUUCAUCAUUUGUUUUAGCUUGUUUUCAUGUCCCACAGUUUUUGAUGAUACAGUUAUCUAUUUAACUGGUGAAUAAUAGAUCUCAAACUAAAUUUACUCUGCCACUUCUAUCAUGGGUGCUUUAUAUAUACGUAUAUCUAUAUAUAUAUUUUUUGUCAGAUUAACAGUUAAUCAGACUUGAUUGACAAUGUCAAUGUCUUGUUCUUCUUGGAUAACACUGAAAUUGUAUGCGCUUUUUUCUGCACUAAAACAGAAUCUAAGAUUUCUUUAUUAUCGUGCUAUACCAAUGCUGACAUGUUGUGCCACUUGAGUAGUCCUUUCCGACCACCCUGAGCCCGACUCGGCUCAGCUUUCGUGCAUUGUAUGGGGUUCACAGGGCAAACACAGUGUACUGUAGCUUUACUAACCGGAUGCUUAAGGUUCCCUUCUGCUGCUGCAAAACAGAGCUACCACUAAAAAAAAGAAAAGAGAAAAAAAAACAACUAAAUACUGCAUCUGUCUGUUCUUCUUCAUAUAAUCUCUGGCUGCUGCUUCAGCUUUAUAUCGCUGGUUGUCUCAGUACUACUGAUCAUGUUCGUAUAACCACUUCGAGCUGACUUCUUGCAGACUUAUCCUCUAUUAAAAGUCAUAACAGAAGGCUGGUACCCCUGUAGUGUGUGAAUUGCAAUCUGAAACGGACACCAAGCAGCCGCCUCCUUUUUUUUUUUUUUUUCUUGUCUGUGCAUAGUCGACUGCAGACCUUGUGUAUUCACACCUGCUACACUUCUAUGGACCUGGAUAAUGUGAUGAAAACAUUGUGACCUUGCUUUAGUAUACAGUGCCUUCCACUCAGGGCAGUUUCUGUCUGCACACAGAACAAAUUCACAGAUCUCUCAGUCUCUCGAGAGGUUAAAUCAUUGCUAGUAAGUUUUUUUUUUUUCUUUCGAUUACCAACUUCCAGCCUUUUUCUUUUUCCAAUUUUAGUCCUUUUUUAUAAAGUGAUGUUUUUGUCUACUUGCUACAACUUUACUGCUUCCUAAACCUGUUUUCCCUUUUCAUGUUACUGAUGGCUUCCAACUGGACCUGUGUCUCACGGUUGUGAAUGUUACUCUGCUGGCUCUGUUAUUUGGAACUGGAAUUAUGACUCUAAAGCCGAAGGGCAUUUGUGUAGCAACUGAACAGCCUGCCAGGCGAAAUUGGUAAUGAGUUCAACUGACAUGCAAACGACUGCUUCUUAGAUAUCUUUUUUUUUAUUAUUAUUAUUAUUAUUAAAGGCAACAGUUACAAGGUAUGGACUGAUGAGGACACUCUCCUUGCAUGAGUGGGUUAACUAUAGACACUGUUGUAUUCAGCAUGGAUGUACUUUUGCACUGCACACGGAGGGUGUCUGAGAUUGCAAGGAGGUUGCACACAGUCUUAAACUCCAAACAUUUUGCAGCAGAAGGUGCUUCGCCUUGUGAAUAAGUUUUGUUUUUCUUUACAAUCUGUUUGUAUGUAUUUUUGCCUUGGAGUUACUUUACCCUGAUGUGUAAUGCCAAUGAAUCACUGAUCGGGAACUGGCACUCAAAAUCUUGCUUAAUAAUCACCCAGGGUAACACAAUCACACAAUAUGAAACGAGAUGAUAGAAUCAGAGUGUGGUUUUCUAUUAGUACUGGAAUAUAACAAGAAAACAAUGAAUGUAUAUUAAACACAGAUGGUGGGGGUAGCAUUUAAACAGCACUUACUGUAUACACUUGUCUCAGUUGAGUGUUGUGGUGAUAUAGAACCGCAGUUCUCAAUGUUGGUCCCCUCUCUUAAUCCUGGUCCUCAGGCCCUUCGUGAUUACUUUUUCUGCCCCCCCACCCCCCCACCCCCCUUUUUUUUUUUGUAUCUCUGAUUUGUCCCUGACUCUGUGGUCAGAAAGAAAACCAGCAGAGCUUCAGUAGAAAAAUCAACAGGCAUAAAGUGUGAGAGGACUAACAUUGUUAGGAUUCUUUAACUUUCAAUGGCCAAAUUAACACAUAUAUAUAAACAUGUACUCCUGCUGUAUGGGGUCACCCUUCUCUUCCUACCCAUAAGUGGGACAUCAACACCUCCCUAAAGCACAAAGUCCAGUGCAAAGCUUAGACCUCCUUGGCUUUUAUCUGGAGUUAUGUACUUGACGAAAGUUGCCCAAGAAAUUGCUUGGAUAAGCACAGAGAAUACGUUCUUAAACUGGGGAUAAUAAAUGAGACGUGCAUA